AGUAACUCCAUAGAUCACCCCAUACGAUGCAAAGCCCCGGUGUUAUGCACCCGGAAGUGCGGUCUUCGUUUCUGUGACGUAAUACUGAGUGAAUACGAAAAGUAUAAACAGACGGAGCCCGCCCGCGUGUCAGUGUUGUGCAGCUCUUGUUCCUCCUGCAGCGCCGUUUCCUACUGUACACACUGCUGGAAAGAUCUUUUCGUAGUGUGCAGUUGUUGAGGUGUGAGGUGUCCUACUGAAGCUAGCAGUGUGAAGGUCAAGAUGAUAAGUAAGAGUGUUGUGAAAGCGCUUUUGGGCUCCCUGCGUGGGAUUUCUUCUUCUAACCUUCGAAUGAGUUCUGUCAGUGCUACACACCCACAGAGAGAAGGGAUCAAACGUAGGGAACUGGAGAAAAAUGAAAUGCGGCCACUCUACAUGGACUUUCAGGCGACAACACCUAUGGACCCAAGAGUCUUGGAUGCUAUGCUCCCCUUCCAAGUGAACUACUAUGGCAAUCCACACUCCAGGACUCAUGCUUAUGGGUGGGAAAGUGAGAGUGCAAUGGAAAGAGCAAGAAAACAAGUAGCAGUUCUUAUUGGUGCCGAUCCACGUGAAAUUGUGUUUACUAGUGGUGCCACAGAGUCCAACAACAUGUCCAUCAAAGGUGUGGCUCGUUUCUAUAAAGCCAAGAAGAAACACAUCAUCACCACACAGACAGAGCACAAGUGUGUAUUAGACUCCUGUCGUGUCCUAGAGGCUGAGGGAUUUAAAGUAACCUACCUGCCUGUAAAAAACAAUGGCUUGAUUGACCUCCAGCAAUUAGAGGAAACAGUAUGUUCUGAUACAAGCUUGGUGUCUGUGAUGACUGUUAACAAUGAAAUCGGAGUUAAGCAGCCAAUCAAAGAAAUAGGACAGAUCUGUAGGUCCAAGAACGUGUUCUUCCACACUGAUGCAGCCCAGGCGGUCGGAAAAAUCCCCAUUAAUGUCUCUACCUUGAAAGUGGAUUUAAUGUCAAUUAGUGGGCACAAAAUAUAUGGCCCCAAAGGUGUUGGUGCUCUGUAUGUGAGGAGGAGGCCUAGAGUUCGCAUCGAGCCAUUACAGAGUGGAGGUGGUCAGGAAAGAGGCCUGCGCUCAGGCACUGUACCAACUCCUCUGGUUGUGGGUCUCGGUGCUGCCUGUGAGAUUGCCCAGAAAGAAAUGGAGUAUGAUCAUGCCCGAGUCUCCAUGCUUGCUAAUCGCCUUCUGCAGAAGAUAAUGUCUGAGGUUCCUGAUGUUGUGAUGAAUGGAGAUCCUGAACACAGAUAUCCAGGAUGUGUCAAUUUAUCAUUUGCUUAUGUUGAGGGAGAAAGUCUACUGAUGGCCUUAAAAGAUGUUGCACUUUCAUCUGGGAGUGCAUGCACUUCUGCUUCUUUAGAACCUUCCUACGUACUUAGAGCAAUAGGAACAGAUGAGGAUCUUGCCCAUUCCUCAAUUCGGUUUGGAAUUGGGCGCUUUACUACAGAGGAGGAAGUGGACUACACAGCAGAGAAGUGCAUUCAGCAGGUUCAGCGUCUACGGGAGAUGAGUCCACUGUGGGAGAUGGUGCAGGAAGGCAUUGAUCUGAAAAGUAUCAAAUGGACACAGCACUGAAGAACUUGAUAGGAUGAAGUGAUUGGAAAAUACUGAAGUGUGAAUAAUUUGUUUGAAUAGUGUACCUAGAACUUCUCUCAUAAUUUGAGCAAUUAUUGUUUUGUCUUAAAAAAAUCAUUCAGCAGUGUUUUUGAGUGGACGUUCAACAGGAAAGGCUUCUUAGAAUUUGUUUUCAGGUUCUUGUUUUCAGGUAAAUCACACUGCAUAAUACAAUCAUUUAUAUAUGUAGUGUUUCUCAGUACAGUGUUUUGUGUUUAGCUUUUAUAUAAAGCUUGCACUUAGCUUUGCCAAUCCUCCAAUUAUAUUCUCUACCAUGUGUUAUUUGUUGUUAUAAAUUUGUUGUUUAAAAUAAAUUAAAUUUUUAUA